UCGCCGGCAACCACCGCGGAUCGACCACGGGUGACGCUCACGUUUGCCCAGUCGCUCGACGGCAAGAUCGCGGGCGAACAUGGAAAACAGGUGGCCAUUAGCGGAAAAGAGAGCCUCAAGAUGACUCAUGUGAUGCGGGCAAUGCACGACGGGAUUCUUGUCGGUAUUGGUACCCUGCUCAAUGAUAAUCCACAAUUGAAUGCACGGCAGCUUGCCAGCCCACCUGCUUUGGAUGGCCUUCCCAGACCCAUCGUUCUAGAUAGCACAUGCCGCACGCCUCCCGACUGUAAGGUCAUCCGCAAUGCUCAAACUGGCCAAGGGAAGGCACCUUUGAUCGUGUGCCGUGCCGCGGAUGCCUCAGUCGACUCACAGGAGCACGAACGGAGACUCGCUUUGCAAGCUGCUGGAGCCACUGUAGCUGACGUGCCUGCAGGUGCAUCAACAAGAGAUUGGCCCUCCGUGCUGAAGACGUUGUACGAGCACGGAAUCCGCUCUGUUAUGAUCGAAGGCGGUUCCGAAGUCAUCAGCAGCUUGCUACAGGCACAUGCGAUGCUGACAGUGCAAGUGGACGCAUUAGUGGUCACCAUCGGCAAGACCAUGCUGGGAAAGGAGGGAGUCGGGUACGAAGGCAUCGGGUUACACGACCUUAUCCAUCACUGCACGCGUGAAUUCGGGCAGGACAGUGUAAUUGCCUUCAAA